GUUCCCCCUUUUAUGGUUAGACACAGAGGUAUAUUGUUAUGUGAUUUAAAGAAACGAUUCACCAUUACAGCAAGGAAGGAUUGAGCAUAAUAAAUGUCGGGGGCUGCCCAUUUUUCCUUCAGUUCAGUCCAGUCUAAUCUAAAAUCUUGGUCUCCAGAACCACCUCUGACAAGCUUCCCUGCUUUCCUGUGAGAAUAGGCAGCCGCCGUCACCGAGGAGUCGAGGGAGUUCAGGAGAUCAGAGGCGAGGCAGCAGUUGCCUCUCUUGUGGGAAACCAGAUGACCUUCUUCAAAGUGAUAAUGUAAACAGCUAGUAACUGCUGGAACCGUGGGAGUUUGAAGCAAAACCUGAGGACGUCUCCUGCAGGAUAAGUUCCAAAGGGAACAGCGCCAUCCCAGAAGGAAGAGUAGGAAGCGAAGACAUGAGCCUGGUGGACGUGAGACAGGCGGCGGGGUCCCUCACCCUGUCCCUGUCCGGCAACGACCCCAAGGAGGGCUACUGCGACCCCGAGGGCCUCCGCAGCAAGAGCAUGUCGCCUGACCUGCGGCAGGACUUCAACAUGAUGGAGCAAAAGAAGCGGGUCACGCAGAUCUUGCAGAGUCCAGUGUUUAAAGAUGAGUUGGAAGGCCUGAUCCAGGAUCAGAUGACGAAGGGCAACAACCCUACGGGUCUUCUGGCUCUGAGGCAGAUUGCUGACCUGGUCAUGGCCAGCACCUUGGGGGGGGCCGGCCCCCUCACUUCGCCCAUCAGCAUCGGGAUGGUGACUCCGGUCAAUGACCUGUUCGGUGUCGAGUCCCCUUCCUUUGCCAAAGGGGAGAAACAGAGUCGCUGCAGACUGGCCAGCCUCUACCGGCUCGUUGACCUCUUCAGCUGGGCUCGUUUUACAAGCUCCUACAAUACGGUCCGUGUCAGUAAAGAGCAGGACCACGUUCUCAUUAGUCCACGAGGUCUGUCUUUCACCGAGGUCACGGCAGCAAAUUUGGUAAAAGUAAACAUCAUUGGUGAGGUGGUGGAGCAGGGUUCCACGGAUCUGGGCAUCGACCUCUUCGGGUUUGCUCCUCAUGCCGCCAUCUACUCCAUGCGCCCGGACGUGAGAUGUAUCAUCCACAUACAUACCCCGGCUACAGCUGCCGUGUCCUCGAUGAAAUGUGGAAUCCUGCCCAUUUCCCGGGAGGCUUUGCUUCUAGGAGACGUGAGCUGCUGCGGUUACCAUGGCAGCCUGGAUAAUAAAGAGGAGAAGGUGGAGUUUCAGAAGGCUCUGGGCCCUACUGCCAAGGUGAUGAUCCUGAGGAACCACGGGCUGCUCGCUUUGGGAGAAACCGUAGAAGAGGCUUUUCACUACGUGUACCACUCACAGCAAGCGUGUGAAAUCCAGGUGAACGCUCUGGGGUGUUGUGGCGGCGUGGACAACCUCCUGCUCCUGGACCGAGAGAAGUUUAAACCCCCGACUCGGGGAGUGGCCGCCGCCGGGUCGGUGCUGGACAAUGAGGUCAAGUGGAAAGUGGGCGAGGCCGAGCUCGAGUCCCUGAUGAGGAUGCUGGACAACCUGGGAUACAGAACAGGCUACACUUACAGACACCCCAUCGUCCGCGAAAAGCCCCGCAGCACCAACGACGUGGAGAUCCCUGCCACGGUGUCCGCCGUGUCACCGGAGGACGGCGAGCUGGGUCUGCGAAGCCCCUUCAAGUUCAUGGCGCAGAAGCAGCAAAGAGAAAGGACCCGGUGGCUCAACUCCCCCAACAGCUACUUGAGGGUCAAUGUUCCCGAACAUUCGCCCAGUGGGGAGGUCAGCCCCCGGACCAAGACCACGUGGAUGAAGUCUUUGGAGCCAGGCAAUAGCAUCGGCACACCCAUAAAGAUUGAGGACCCCAACCAGUUUGUCCCGCUCAACACUGAUCCCACGGAGGUCGUGGAUAAGAGGAAGCGGAUUAAAGAACAGCACAGAGGUGACCUGAUGACUGCUGGACCAAAAUCCCAGCUGCUAUCUGGCAUCGUCGUGGACACCAUAAAAGGCCCAGCUUUCAUCAUUGAGGACGAGGAGCAGACUCGCUCCCUCCCCCCGAACCCUUUCAAUGAGCUCACGGAGAGAGUGCUGGAGGAAUACAAGAGCUUGGUAGAACGAAAGCAGCAAGGCCAAGAAGAAGACGGCGAUGCCACGGACGCAGAUGAGAUGACCACAUUUGACGGCUCCACCAUCUCCCUUUCCCUCUCUCCCUUAAUGACACCAACCAAACAAGACACAAUACUCAAUGGGAAAGACCACUUGGACGAGACGGACGAGGACCUGAGCAUCGAGGUGUCCAAGCUGAGCCUGAGCACUUCGGAGACGGUCGACAUCUCGAUCACGUCCAACGAGAAGACGCCCGAGAGCCAGACCAAGUCGCCGGUGAAGAAGAAGAAGAAGUUCCGCGCACCUUCCUUCUUGAAAAAGAGCAAGAAGAAGAAGGACGAGAAAGAAAAAAACGAGGCCUGAGGUCAUUCACUGUAAAAGAAGAAGGAAAAAAAA